AUGUGGCGCAAGGUUCUCAUUUGCUACAUUUCCCCUGUGGACAUCCUUCUAGUCUGUGCAGGGGACAGCAGCGACCCUUGGGGUCCCCGUGGCUAUGGCAGCAAGUGGCAGCCCCGCUCCAGCCGCGCGGUGCUCACGGGGGCGCGGCUAGGCCAGCGGGCUGUGCCCGAGACGGGCUCUGAGGCUGGGGCGGCUCGUCCCUACGAGCGCCGGGUGCGCUGGCUCCGCGAGAUCCAGUCCACGCUCCGCGAGCAGCAGCCCGAGCGCGCCCGGCAGCUGCUGCGCCUCCUGCGCCUCCUGCGCCAGGACCUGGGCCUUGAGGGGUCCUUCCUUACUGACAUUCUCUACAGGGACGUGGCCUUCUUGAACCUGGUGGACCCCAUCUCCUAUGACCCGCUGGGGAACCUGGGCCUGCAGUGCCCUAAGAAGGACGAUGAUCUCUGGAAGUUCUCGGACAGCAAGCUAUGCCAGUAGCUCAUCUACAACCUCACCCCUCAUUCUAAGCAGCAGCGAGGGUCCAGCCUGCCCCAGAGGAGGACCCAGAGCUGCCUCAAGAGCAGCCUGCAGAAGACUCUGCUGGCAGGAGAGACGGACCUUUCAGGUAUCCUGCUGUUGGCAUGAGGUAUGUAUCAUGUAAUGUGUAGCCAUGGCACUGGACUGGCGUUGCUGGACCUGAGCUUCACAGGGUUGAGUGAUCAGCUGCUACGCCAGCUGCUGCCCAGCCUGUGGAUGCUGCCCUGCCUCACCCGGCUCCUGCUCAACGGCAACUGACUGACACAGGCCACCACGUGUGAGCUCACUGAGGCCAAGGACACUGCCAAGUUCCCAGCGCUGGCCUGGGUAGACCUGGGCAACAACAUGAAUGUGGCCUCCCUGCCCCAGCCCCUGCUGGUUGGCUUGCUCCGGCGGCUCAGCCAGUGUACCCCACUCCCCACCAUCUACAAGGGCCUGGAUCUCGACCCUGCGGGUGGCACGGCUAAGGACACAGCCCCUGCCUCCACCUGGGGUUCUGCAGCUGCCAGGCUAGGACCCAAGCCCCAGGCCUGCUGCAUCAGGUAA